AUGUUCUGGGAUCUUAAUGUCGUUUGGGAUGCCAAGCGUGCAGCGGCGUUUGCUGAUACUGCCCUGAGGUUCGGCUACGCGGGUCUUGCGUACAACGUCACCCUGUCGGGGCAGCAAGUCCUUGACUUGCGUUCACACCAGUGCCCCAUCCCGCCGCCCGUGGCCCUGGCUCCCACACAGCAGGGACCACUCUGGCGGACGACCGUGGCGGACCUCGGGCUCGAAAGCGAGAAGCACGGGGCAUUGCUUCAGCUGCGACGAUUGACGCUUUGUGCUGCCGAUGUGGCGCAGGUGACUGCUGCAGCCGAUGCGUCAGCGUUGAGGCCAUCUUACCACAUCCUCGCCCUGCGCCCCACUUCUGAGGAAGCUUUCCAGGCUGCCUGUGAGAAGGGUGUGUCUGACAUCAUUUCUCUGGAGAUGGACGACAAACUUCCGUUUCAGUUGAAGCGAAAGGACGUGCUGGCCUUCCUUCAACGUGGUGGCAUCUUUGAGUUAGAGUUUGGGAGUGUUCUUCGUGAUGCAGCUCGGCGCCGGGCAUUCCUGGCCAACCUUGAGCAGCUUCUCCACGUGACGCGCGGCAGGAACGUGCUGCUGAGCAGUGGCGCCCUUGACCCGUUGGAGAUGAGGUCGCCUGCCGACUUGGCCAAUGCUGCCGCCGUGCUGGGCCUCCGUGGGGAGAAGGCGAAGCAGAGCCUGACGGAGGUUCCCUACCGCGCGUUGCAGCGUGGUGUGCUCCGCGGCGGUUGCAGUCAGGUCCUGUCCACGCCUUCGGGACUUGAAGCCGAUGUGGACAUGGGUGCGGACCUUGUCUUUGUGCGUAGCCGCGGAGCAGAGGCAGCCCUUGCAGGGCUGACAAGAUGUCAGCCCUUUUGCAGAAACACUAGGGCCGGCACUGCCGGAUGCGCAUUGGAAGGAGUGCGAACUCCAAGGAAUGGGAUGGAACUUUGCACGGCCCGAUCCGGCAUGUCUUCCAGAGCAUUCAUGGAAGAGCUUUGCAACAAUGCGGGCGGGUACAGCAGGUUUCUUCAAAGCUUGGCUCUCCACCACCUUUGCUGGUGGGUCGCCAUCACGGUCGUCCCUGCAGUUUUCCUUGAUCAUCACAGGUGCGAGGCGAACAUGCCUUACUGGGCCUGGACUCUGUAUGGUGCAACGGUUCUGGCAAUGCUGACGAUGGCCAUCCUGAUGGAGCUGGCCAUGCUCCAGCGGCUCGGACUUUUGCAGGCCAGCGAGUUUUGGUCAUUCUGGCAGGAACGGCGGUGGUGGCUGCCUUUGGCUUCUACAGUGCUGUGGAAGUUGGACAGCUACACCGAUGUGGCUUUCGUCAUCAUUGCGCGUGACUGUGGUUCGUCGCUCUGGUGGGCGUCUCUGGCUACCAUCAUCUUUGGCGUGGUGUUUUGUCAGAUGAUCUUCAACACGUGCUUCGCUUGCUCGGACUGCGAUGGGGAGCUGCCAGCUUCCUUUGGCUUCGUGCUGCUCGAUUUCAAGCUAAUCAACACCGCCAUUCGUUCGGUGGUGCCCUUUGACCCGGAUGCUUCUGAUCUUCCAGUGGCAAAGCCAGUGACGCUCAGAUCAUCUGGGAACCUGGUCAGUUUGGAGAAAGCCAUCGGGGACAUCGCCCAGGUUUGCAUACAGUCCCUGUUUCUGAUGAGUGCCUCGGCCCCGCACGGCUUCGUGAUGUUCAGUGUUGCAGUCGGAGCAGCAAACUGCUGCUUGCUCAUUGUGGCGGUCGUUCAGAGUGCCGUGUCGGAGGAGUGGGCGGUGCAGGCCCAAGACCUUCAGCAGGGGACCGUGCUGGCGAAAGGUGCAGAGGAGCCGUCAGACUUGGAGGAGGGGUCUCCUAGCCAGAUGCCUCCCAUGGAAGAAAUGCCGUCAGGGCAGACGCCGACGACGCUUGGCCUUAGCGCCUUGAGCGCCUUAGACCGGCCGACCAAGGGCGAUGACGUCGAAUUGCUGCUGCGCCCCGUCAAGCCAAUGGCAGAGACCACAGAGGACCGCGAGGAGUCCAUUGAGAAAGUGCGAGAGAAGCAAGAGGCCCAGUUGGAGUUCCUGCUGUCGCGAGACAACCUGCAGGAGGACUGCUUCAUCCAGAUGAACAUGGACUCGCAGAUGCAGAUCCCAAUCCCGAUCCUGGCUGGCGACAGCCACCAGCAGUUUGAGGAAAUGGGACAAAUUGUAGACAUUGCUACUCUUUUCGAGGCGGCGCCGCUUCGCUCCGAGCAAGUCAUCGUUGACAAGGAGAGUAUGCAGAUCAAGCCCAUCUUGAAGAGCAAGCGGAACACGGUCAUUCUCCACGACCUUCCGGAGGCAAUUGCCGAGGAGGAGCUACGGCACAAGCUUUUGAGUGACGGUUCCGCUGGCAUCGCUGGCCAAUGUCGACACCCACAUGAUUUUGCAAGCAUCGGGAAGCACAGUCGGCAGCUCGGGCAUAUGGAUGACGUGUGGACAGAACGAGCUACGGCAGAGUUUGCUGCUGGUGAUCACGUGCAUGUGUGGAGUUCCUCGGCCAAGAGGUGGUUUGAUGACGGUGAGGUGCAGGCGAUUGCACCUGAUGGCUCCAUCAUUGUGCGCUUCAACAAUUCUCGGCCGGCGAGUAAGGAGGUGCCCCUGCGCCAGGCUCACAAGGUCCUGCGCAAGCUGUCCGCGGCUGCCACGCGCCGGACCGAUCCGCGGGCCGUCCUCCGCCAGGCAAUUGGCACAGGCCUCGGACCACGUGACGCCAAGCGAAGGUGCGAGAAGGUCUUCACCCAGUGCGCGGCAGGUGGCCGGGCCGUCUCUCAGGUUGGGCCUCGCGAUGAGACACUUCGGCCUCCGUCCUUUCACUCCUUGCCGUUCGCCCUGGUUCUUUGCCAGGGGAACCUGAGCCAGUUCUUGCAUUCUCUGGGCCACGUCGCCCGCGCAUCGCUGCUCUCUGCGCUGUUUGCGCGUUGCGAAGAGAAGCUGGGAUUGCCAUGGAAGGACGAUGCUGUGGACUUCGAUAACUUUGCUUCUUGGGUCUACUCUGGACGUGGGUGCAAGUCCAGUGCUGGGGAGGCUGUGCAUCUGACUCGCCCGGCUAUUGAAAAGGAUCCUACACAAAGAGCAGAGGUUCCGGUUUGCGUGAGCAAGCCGGCGUUGAGCCCGCUGAGCCCUGGCCGCAAGCGGAAGGCAGCCGAAGCUCCGGGCAGCGCAGACAGCCUGCCGCAGAAGUGCAGUAGGCGGCUUGAGGCUCCUGCAAGCAAAGGAAAGCAGAUCUUCGAGGGAUGUGCUGUACUGGUUUGUGGACGAGGAGGCGCCGCCAUGUCUUCCACACGGAAGCAGCUGCUGGAGGCUCGAAUAUGCGAAGCUGGAGGCUCUCUUUGCGAGUCCUGGGACGACACCGUGACUCAUGUGGUGGUAGCAGGCCAAAUGCCAAGGGCCGUCUUGAUGCAGGACUACCCUGAUGCCAGACAUGGCCCUGGCUUUCAAGCUGUCGUCACGGAUGCCUGGGUCAGCGAGUGUCUGGUCCUGCAACGCCGACUGCCAGAGGGGCGCUACGUGUGGCGACCCUUGACGGAGAGCGAUGGUGGCCUGCCAGCAAAGCAGGAAGGAGACUCUGCGCAAUCGCUCAUCAAGAAGGAGAAGCCUCAGGCACAUACACCCGUGACCGAAAGUGCCGGCGAGUCGGGGUGGGGUGCCUUUGCAUCGCCAGAUGAUUUGCGCGCAAAGAUCGUCGAAGAGUUCCGCACCUGUGCCGCAGCUUGGGCAGUGCGUGGCGACAAGUGGCGCUCCUGGCAGUACAAGAAGGCCGAGCAGCUGGUUGCCCAGCUGCGCGGCACGCUGCAACGGGAGGAGCUCUCGCAUUCUGGGCUGACGCCAAAGUUCGUGCAGAAAUGCCAGGAGAUCCGGGAGAAGGGCACCCUGCAGCAGGCAGAGGGUUUCCGGAAGGAUGCCGACGUCCACUCGCUGUUGGAAAUGACCAGGAUACACGGUGUGGGCCCUGCGCUGGCGCAGACAUGGCUCAGGUGUGGUGCACGUUCGAUUGCAGAUGUCCGCCUGCGUGUGGAUUCCCUCCCGGGUACUGCCGGUGGCCCCGCUACAGGAUUGACAAAGGCUCAGCGUCUGGGACUGCGUUUCGUGGAUGAUUUUCAGGUGCCGAUCUCCCGCUCGGAGGUGGAGCGCGUGCACUGCGCGGUGCAGCGGGCCGCCGAGGCACGGCGACCUGGGAUCUCCCAGGAAGACCGGCCGUGGAGACGUGCUUUGCUCGGGGAUGACGCUGGUGGUGUGUGUCGAUGGCAGCUUGCGACGGUCCAGUGGAAUCCGAUGCUGCCGCAUAUCUUCUUGCGGGCGAUGGAGUCUGGCGGCGUGAUCGUUGCCGAUCUUAGCAACAAUGCUCCGCACUCCCCGAAGCCUGUAAGGGUUCCUGGGGAUGAUGACCCAACAGGCUCGGCCCAGGCAUGCCUCUGUGUUGUGCGCGGCUGUCCCAUCGAAGGAGAGCCCAUGAGAUACAGGCGGUGCGACUUUGUGUUUUGCCGCCGCGCUGGCCUACCCUUCAUCACUCUUCAGUGGACCGGAUUGGAAGUAUUCUGUGAGUCCUGUCGCUUCACCUGUCGUGCCGCAGCCGAGGCGAUGGGGGCCUUUUCAACAGGCACGUGGUUUGAGAACGCGAGCUUCCCUUGGUUUCCUGAGACUUGGCAGGGAGAUGAAGCGCAUUGCAGCACUCCGCGGCUGAUCGAGAAGGCGCUCGUGGUCGCCAGGUGGGGGAGAUUUGCCGUGCUGGUGCCAAGAUGGAGUGUGCUGAUGAAAGGGCCAUAUUUGCCGCCCUUGGUCUAUCGUACAGGCCGCCAGAACGGCGAGAAGUGGAUGCUGAGCUCCUGGCUGCAGUGGAGGAGGCAGCGCGCGAGGCCCCCGAGGCUCUUCGCCAAGUCAAGCUGGAGCUGCAUGGCCUAG